AUGGCCCAAUGACAAGCCCAAAACUGACUUCCUUUUCUUUGAACAUUUGAUGCUCCUUCAUUUGUCGUUGUGUUUGAAUGGCAAAUGAACACUUUCUGACCAUACUUGAAAGCGCCUGUCUGAACAGAUAAUUUUAACCCCAAAAAUGUUUUCUUUGCUCUCCAAACUCUCUUCACUCCAUUCCAAAACACCUCUCCACCUGCCAAAACCCUUCACCACCACCCCCAUUCCACCUUCGCAAACCACCAUGAACACUCCCGCUGCUGCCUCUACCCUCGCAAAUCUCAUCCUGACCUCCACCAACCCACAAUCCCUAACUCAAUCCCUCCUCUGCUCCUCCAUUAACUGGACCCCACUUUUAGUGGACAAUAUCCUCAAACAUCUCUGGAACCACGGCCCCAAAGCCCUCCAAUUCUUCCACCUCCUCCUCCACAAUCACCCUACCUACACCCAUUCUGCCUCCUCCUUCAACCAUGCUAUCGACAUCGCAGCCCGCCUCCGGAACUACGCCGCCGUCUUCACCCUCCUCCACCGCAUGCGCUCUCUCCGCCUCCAGCCCACCCCCAAAACUUUCGCCAUCAUCGCCGAAAGGUACGUCGCCGCUGGAAAACCCGAUAAAGCCCUUAAAAUCUUCUUGUCAAUGCAUGAACAUGGUUGUUUCCAGGAUUUGCAUUCUUUUAAUACAAUUCUCGAUGUUUUAUGUAAAGCUAGACGUGUUGAGAAAGCAUGGAAGUUUUUUAAAGUACUCAGAGGAAGGUUUAAAGCUGAUGUUAUUAGUUAUAAUAUAAUUGCAAAUGGUUGGUGUUUGAUUAAGAAGACAAAUAAGGCUCUUGAGACUUUAAAGGAGAUGGUGGAGAAAGGUUUGACUCCAACUUUGACUACUUAUAACAUAUUGCUAAAAGGGUAUUUUAGAGCUGGUCAAAUUGAGAAUGGUUGGAAGUUUUUUUUGGAAAUGAAGAAGAGAAAGUGCGAAAUUGAUGUUGUUACUUAUACUACUGUAGUUCAUGGACUUGGUGUUAUGGGGGAGAUUAAGAGGGCUCAAAAAGUUUUCGAUGAGAUGGUUGAGGAAGGUGUGUUGCCUUCCGUUGCUACUUACAAUGCUUUGAUUCAAGUUUUGUGUAAGAAAGACAGCGUAGAGAAUGCUAUUUCAGUUUUUGAGGAGAUGUUGAGUAAGGGUUAUGUGCCAAAUUCCACUACUUAUAAUGUGGUGAUAAGGGGGUUGUGUCAUAAAGAACAAAUGGAAAGGGCUAUGGAAUAUAUGGAUAGAAUGAGGGAUGAUGAGUGUGGACCAAAUGUGCAGACAUACAAUAUCAUGAUCCGGUAUUUUUUGUAUGCUGGUGAGAUUGAGAAAGGUUUGGAGUUGUUUGAGAAGAUGAAUAGUGGGGAUUGCUUACCAAAUUUAGAUACAUACAAUAUUUUGAUAAGUGCAAUGUUUGUAAGGAAGAAAUCCAAUGAUUUGUUGGUGGCUGGGAAGUUGUUGAUUGAGAUGGUUGAUAGAGGAUUUAUGCCUCGGAGACUAACUUUCAAUCGGGUUUUGGAUGGACUUUUACUGACAGGAAGUUUUGCAAGCUUAAUGCAGUUUAAAGAUAAACCAAUCUUAAACUUCUCAUGGAGGAUGAUAAUCUUCUUGAAUUGAUGUCCUUCACAAAGCAGCUUCUUCCUCGCAGAUAUCUGUUUUGGAGCCAAAAUAGCAAAAGCAGGAGGGCUGCCAAAUCCCCCCAUCAAUAUCCCAAAGCGGGUAGAAAAUGGAAAUUGAUGCUGUUGUAAACAAUAUGGAGUUUGCCAUAAUGUUGUUUUGGUGGUGAAAAUUAUUAUUAGUUUAGUUAAACCUUAAAUGAAUGAGUUACAAAUGUACAAUUUGAUCCGUAAUUACCUACAUUAAUUUAAAUCCAUAGUUUAGUUCAGUGAGGUAUUUCCUGAACUAAGAUAGAUUUAAAUCUUAAUUCUUAAAAUAGAUUACAUUUAAACUUUAUUCUUAAAUAAAGGUAUUUUAGUCUAAUUGAAUACCAUGACAGAUUUAUAAUUCCAUGUCAACAUCUCCUAAGACAUAAAUAUCUGUUAUUUUUCUUCCUUAAUUCUCAACCAAGUAACAACAAAACCUACAGAGAGAAAAUUGACUAGGAGAGUUUAGCAAUCCCCAGAAGAGUGUAGCAAUCUGAGCAACACAACCGACAGCACGAUGAGUCUUAAGAUGUAAAACCCAAGCCACUUGCUUGGCAUUCUUCCCUUUGCUAUUUUCCACAGGCUUGAAUGCAGCAUUUGGGCCAUCAAUUUCCACAGUAUAUAUCUUGACAAUAUUCUUUUGGCGGAGGAGAACCCUGAUUGGUG